UAUGGUUCAGUUUGGAUGUGACAUUUGUGACGAAUAAAUAAGUAGCCCAAGGUUUAAUCAGGGUCCAUUUUAUUUUUUGUGGAAACGGCCUAGAUAAAUCAACAAAAUGGGUAAAGGUUUUAAUAAUUACAUGUGCAAAAAGUUCUUUCAUCCCGCGUCAAGAGAUAAUUUGAAAAGGGUAUGGAUGGCAGAACAGAAAACAGAAGCUUACAAGAAAAAACAAGAAGAGUUACGUGUUCAAUAUGAGAAAGAACAAGAAUUACAUGAAAACAAGGCAUUGCUGAGCAAAGAUAGUAAGGAUAAAUUGAGCCUGAAUUUUAUGUAUGAGCCACCCCCGGGCGUGAAGAAAGAGAGAGAACGUGAAGAUAACGAACCUGAGUACAAAUUCGAGUGGCAACGCAAGUACAAUGCACCCAGGGAGAGCUAUUGUAAGGGGGACAAUGAAAUCCGUGACCAGCCUUUUGGUAUACUGGUCCGCAAUGUCAGAUGUAUCAAGUGUCACAAAUGGGGUCACAUAAAUACAGACAAGGAAUGUUCAAUGUACUCCUUAUCCAUGAGUGAGGCUCGUGCUCUGCAAGCUUCUAGCUCAGCUCCUGAAGAAGAAGAGGAGAAACCAGAUGUGCCAACACUAAUGCAGCAGAUGAGAGACACUGGCUUGGUCAUGAAACCUGGGGCUCUACCUCUGUCUGCUACAAAAAUUGAAGAUAAUGAUUCCACCAGCUACACUGAAAUGGAUCUUAUCAGUCAACUUACUAAAAAGCAGAAAAAGAAGUUGUUGAAGAAAUUGGAAAAAAUGGAAAAGAAGUCGGAUAAAAAGAAGAAAGAGAAGAAGCAUAAGAAGUCCAAGCAUUAAGAUUGAUUGUGCGCAAUUGGCAAAUAAUCAGCUAUAGCCAGCCCAUGGCCAAAAUCUCGAUUUUCUCUAUGGCCUCAAAAACAUCUAACUCAAGUGGCCUGGAUGCCUGAGUUGCUAUAUGCGCGCGUCAAAAUAAGCAGACUCGUAGGAUGUCAAUACUAUGCAUGUGCCUAGUGUAGAGCUAAGCUAGUGCACCUUGCAUUACUACUUACAUAUAUUAUUUCAGUUAUGUACUUAGAGUACUUCUGUAAAGACUGUUGUUCUUUAAAGUUUGCUUAAGAUUUUAAUGUAUUUUUACAGAAAUUUAACUUAUCAUAUUACCUAUUUAAAAAGUAAAGUGGACAGAAGACAUUUGGUCUUCCUCAUAUUUCAUUGUUCUUAAAUAAGCCAUGUUAUGUAAUAAAUUAUGUUUUAAACCAAAAUAAACACAAGAAUAUAAUAUCAAA